CUCGAAGAAAUGUCUGGCUGCUCGCAAGCCGCCCAUAUAUCGUCCGGUGUAUUACCAGACGCUGGUGUUUGGAUGCUUUGCGCUGGCAGCACGGGCAACAUCAGGUGCUUAUCGCUUAACGCCGCUAUCACCACAACCUUGCGGGUAGAGCGCUCUCUGCUCUCCGGCUUCGCAAAAACGUCAAUAGUUGAUCAACCACCAUCGACACACCUGUCAGCACAUUCUUAUCGCACUAGAUACUACUAAUUUCCAGCGAUGCGUCUGUCGAAGUCUUUGACCGCCUCUCUCCUCGGAAGCUUCGCUGCGGCGUCGCUGGUUCCCUCCCCGCAGCACAUCUUCAGCAACCCUGCCGACCAUGUCUCGCCGAUGUACCGCAUCCCGACAGUCCACGAGUCGGCCGUCAUGGCCCGGCGCAUCCUGCACCUGAGCGGGCUGGGCACGUUGGCAACUAUAUUCCCCGAGGGCAGCAGCAGCACCGCGACGGACGCGGACGAGGAGGCGCCGUCGCCGCAGGAGCGCCGCCCCGCAUCUGUGGCCGGCACGCCUAUCGGCCUUGUCGACUACGUCGCCGACUGCGAGCACGCGACGGGCAACCCCACGCUGCUGGCCAUCGACAUUGCGACGUCGUUCAAGAACGCCGCCGCCGGCAGCAACGUCUCGCUGUCGCUGGCGUGGGAGCUGCCCCCUGGAUCGGCGCCGCGUUCGCCCGCUUCGCUGCCGCGCUUCUCCCUGCAGGGCUACUUUGAGCGCCUGGAGCCCGAGGACCUCGUCGCCCAUGCCAUACCCGCCUGUUUCGCAAAGUACCACCCCGAUUCCGUGGCCUGGUACCCUGGAAACCCUAUCCACCAGAGCCACUGGGUCAGAUUCGUGGUCCGUGAGGUUUACUGGAUUGGCGGCUUUGGCGAUCGCGCGUACAUUGGCUGGAUUCCCGCUGAGGAAUGGAGAAACGUCACGAGGCAAGAGGUGCGCGACUGUGUGCUGCCGGGUGAGAAGAAGAAGAGGCAGGGUUCUUGGAGGGAGUGGCUGGGCCUGAACGAGAAGAGCUGGGAACUGUGAAGGAGAGGGAAUUUGUAAAGAGGAAGAGAGAAAUGAUGCGGAGCGUUGUUGAACGGAGUAAGUAAGUUGUUAAUUUGGAGCAUCGGAUGUCACGAAGCACGAGAUGAGACGAGAGCAUUACCAGGGCGGAGAGCAGACUGUCAUUCACUUGUCCGUUUGCAUCUAGCAUAUUCAAGUCGAAAUGCCGCUCAACGCCCAUGAGCCAACGAGA